AUGGUACCUACGCCACGUCCGAUCGGCUCAUUGGGCGUCGGGGCCGCUGUAGCCGUGCAAGCGGAUGGCUCGCCGUAUGUGCCGACGCCAAUCGCUGCGCCGACCACCACCGAGCCUAGCCGUCGGGAACGGCGUGCGAUGAAGAAACGGCAGCGCAAGAUGCAGAAGCUUCGUCGCCUGUCUAACUCGAUUGCGGCGCGCCUCGGUGUAUCGCAGCGCAAAACGGCCCCUCUUGUGCGAACCGACAACCAAUUCAAGUCGUUCAAGCCCAUUACACCGUCGAUCCGUUGGCUUCGUUACCCCCUAAACACACACUUGCAUCGGGGCAAGCCUGUGCGUGGGCUGACGAUGGCCAAGCGCAGCACCGGUGGACGCAACCACCAUGGUCACAUUACUGUACGUGGCCGCGGUGGUGGUCAUCGCCGCCGCUUGCGUAUGGUGGACUUUUACCGCUGGGAAGCCGGCGAGCAAAAGGUCGUGCGUAUCGAGUACGACCCAGGCCGCAGUGCCCACAUUGCGCUCAUUCAGCAUAUGGAAACGGGCCGUAUUAGUUAUAUCUUGGCACCGGAUGGCAUGAUUGCCGGCGAUGUCGUACAGAGCUAUCGUACGAUGAAGCAGGAGACAGAGUCCAGCAGCCACUUUAACCUGGGUAUCUUCCGUACGCAUGCGGUUCGUCCCGGCAACGUAUUGCCUUUACGCCUGAUCCCCAUUGGUACCAUGAUCCACGCGAUUUCGCUGCAGCCGCUGGGCCCUGCGAAACUCGUCCGCGCAGCUGGUACGACGGGCCAGCUGGUCGCCUUUUCAUCGUACCGUCGCCAAAGUGACUUGCAUGAGCAUGAGCUGGUCGAAGAUGCCAGCAACAGCACGCAUGCCCAAGUGCGUUUGUCCAGUGGCGAAGUGCGUUUGGUCCCGAUUGAGUGCUGUGCUACGAUUGGUAUGGUGAGCAACAAGGACCACCAGCACCGCCGCCUCGGCAAGGCUGGACGUAGCCGUUGGCUCGGCCGUCGCCCGAAGGUGCGUGGUGUGGCCAUGAACGCGUGCGACCAUCCCCACGGUGGUGGUCGUGGCAAGUCCAAGUCGAACAAGGUACCACGCUCGAUUUACGGCUUCCCUCUCAAGUUCCAGCGUACGCGCAAGCCUGGUUCGCGUCGUGGUAACCGCAUGGUGGUGCGUGAGCGACCGCGCCGUAAUGGCAAGCGCAUCGGCAAGGCAUAA